UUUUCUUGUUAUGUUGUUUUAUCCCUUAAAGAAAGAAUUUUAAUGUUUUAUUGUUACAAAAUAUUAUUUAAAAAUGGAUGAAACAUAUGCAAAAUUAAUAUCUUGUAAGCCUUUAAAAAAUGAAUUUCAACAUUUAAGAGAAAUAAAUAUUUCCUCUGAAGAAUUUACUAUUGGGCGAGGCUUGAAUAACAUGACAGUAAUUCCAUUUUUGGCUAUUUCAAGAAAUCAUUGUAUUUUUCAAAAAUGUGAAAAUGAUUGGAUCAUAAACGACAAUAGCACCUUUGGUAUCGUAAUAAACGGUAAGACAUUGGGAAAAGGUAAUAAAAGAAACUUAAAACAUGGUGAUAUUAUUGAACUGGAUCCAACGAAAGAAUUUGUGUAUAAUUUUAAUUAUGUAGAUGAUGACUUUUUACCUUCAUCAAGAAAACGUAUUAAAUUAGAAACCAACACAUGUACUAAUCUCAUAAGCAAUGUAAAGAUUAAAUUUGAAGAGUCCCAAAACUAUGAAAUGAAACGCAUUGAAGACAAGAUAGAGAAUACAAAACAAAUGAAAACCACAAAUCUGCUCUUAAAAGAACAACUUGAAACUGAAAUGAAAAGAAAAAUUAAUAUAUUAGAAAGUGAAUAUUCAAGUCAAAUUAAUAACUUGAAAGGUGAGAAAGAUGAAGUCCAAAAACAAAAGUCACAACUCAUAGAAGAGAGAGAAACACAAUUAACUAAUCUAAAAAAUGCCAUGAAUGCAAAACUGGAAGAUUUAAAGGAACAAAUUAAAAAACAUAAUGAAAGUGAAAUGAAACUCGUCAAGGAAAAUAAAAUACUUAAAGAAAAGCUUAAGAAAGAGAGAGAGGAGUUCCUUUUAGAAUUAAACCGGGAGUCUUCUUCGAAACAGGAGAUGUUGGAAAAAUUAACGGUGAAAAUGAGAGAACAAGAGGAGUUACGGACAAAAGAAAAAAAGCAGUUCCAAGAACUACUUCAGAAGGAAACGGAAUCAUUAAAACUUGCAAAGGAAAAGGAGUUGAGUGAAUUGACGGAAGAGAAGAGGAAAAAGGAGUUGGAACUAAUAACGGAACUAAACAAUAUCAAGGGUUCUUUGGAGAAGCAGGUGAAGUUGACAGAGAUACAAAAGAGGGAGGCGUUACAAAAACUAAACGACCAAAUGGAAGAGAUGAAAAAAAUGAAAAAUGAGGAUCAAAUUAAAAUGGAACAGCUGAAAAAUGAGAGAGAGGAAAUUCAAAAGCAAUUAAAAGAGGCUCAACAAAAUGCGGUGGAAUCUAUAGAAAAAUUGAAGACUAGAGUGACAGAAAGGGAGAUAGAGCUGGCGGCCUUAGCAGCAGAAAGGAUCCAGAAACAAGCGGAACAAUCUACUGAAGUUAUAAACUCAUUGCAGGAACAAUUAGAGAGAGUUCGAAAUCAACUUCACAAUGUAGAAAAUGAGAACAAGAAGCUUCUAGAACAUAACACAUCACCAGAAAAUAAGGGGGGCUGUUCUAAAGACACAAUAACAGAAUUUGGUGAAAUAAUGGAAAGUGAAUUACAGUGUAGCAUAUGUGCUGAACUCUUUGUUCAGGCUACAACACUUAAUUGUUCGCAUACAUUUUGCAAAUAUUGCAUAACCAUGUGGAAAAAGAAAAAAAAGGAAUGUCCAAUAUGCCGUGCACCGAUAACAUCGGAGUGUAAAAGUUUAGUUCUAGACUCAUUUAUAGAGAAGAUGUUAUUGAGUUUAUCAGAAGAAAUGAAACAGAAAAGGAGCAAUUUACUCAAAAGUCGGGAUGAGCUUGAAUGUGAACUGGCGCGUCAAGAUCAAUUGAAAAGUUACCGAAGAAAUUCGGAUGAGUACGAAGAGGAAAGCGACUCCUUCGAGGAGGAGGCGGAGGACGACGACUUCUUCGACUACGGCUCACUCAGCGACCAUACCUAUUCCAACAGUGGAUCUGACGGGCACGACUUCGAUGUUGAUUCAACAGGUGAAUCUCCUUUAAGCAGUACCAGUUACGUGCCAGGAAUACCAGGAUCCUUCUACGGGGGAUACGGGAGAUGUUUUCGUUGUGGCGCCUUCGGACAUUGGGCACCGGGUUGUCCGAACAGAUUAUAAUAUUGUAUAAUAUAUUCUAGUAGUAAACUAAUGGCUAUAACUCUAUGGUCUUAUAUAGUGUAUAGAAAUGUCAAAACUCAAUGUCAAUGUAAAUAAAAAAAAUUGUUAGCUGCUUCUUGUCUGAAAAACCGAAUAUAGUUUUUUUUUUUACUAUCAUUUCUUUUAAUUAUUCAAAUGUACGUCUCUAAUGUGUUUGUUAUAAAAAUAGGACAGAACAAAUUAAUGAGCUAUAUAGGAAUAUCAUGGGGACGUAUUUAGGAAGACGUCGUAGAUGUAAAGAAACUUAUUCAUGUAUGUCAACUGACAACCCUUCACGAUGAUAUACACAGAUUUUACUGCUACUACUGGUGUAGUAUUUAGUGUAUGAUAAUGUUAUAGUGUCGUGGAUAUUUUCUAAUAAUAUUAUCUUAGAUUUCUGGCGCGAUUAAACUUUUACUUAUAAAAUAAAUAUAAAUAUUGUUGUAAAUAUUUGGAAAAAAACAUGAUCUGUUAAAAAAACCAGUAUUUUUCAGAAUUUAAGGCCUUUUGCCUCUUUUUUUUUUCGCCAUGUACAUUGAUGUGAUGAUAUUGUCUACGAUUUUUGUAAAGUUUUAAUAUUUUAUUUGGACAUUCAACCAUGUUUAUAUAAAUAUACUCUUAGAUUUCAAUAAAAAAUUUAAACUUAAAUAUAUUCUAGUAACUGUAAGUUUCAUCUAAAAUAAACAAAGACUAAGUCUGGUUUUGGUUGAAAACCUUUUCGGUCAUACAUUAAAAAUGUUAUAUUUUUUGGAAUUAUCAAUGGUUAUAAAUAAAAUCUAAUUAUUAUAAAUAA